UUAAAAGGCUGAAGAACAUUCAUUCAGGGGCUGCUGCUUUGAACUGAGCGUGCAGUCUGCCUCGUAUGCUUCUGUUUGUGAGCCUUGUUUCCAAAGCCCUGUCUCAAAUGUGAGAUUGUGGCUACUUUUAGAGCUAAAUUUAGAAAAUGGUGGUUAAGGUGAUGCUGAAGCUAGACGCCCAUGAACCCAAAAAAAAGAAGAAAAAAAAGACAUUAGCAUAGCGAAUAGAGCCAGCCAGCACUGUCAGGAAGUGCAAGCAUAUUUCAGUACGGCAGUGUGACACAUGCAUUCAAGGGGCCAAGAUUUAUCUCCAUGGCUUCAACAAUGACUGUUAUAGCAUUUGAGCGGACACCCGAAGAACUCGAUAACUUGACCUAUGACUUCAACUUCGCCAAUGACUACAACAACUUCACCGAGGACUACUUCACCGAUGACUACCAGUGUGAAAAUGAAGUGGUCCUGCAGAGUUUUUAUGGCCAGUUCCUGCCUGUGCUGUACACUGUGAUCUUUCUCCUGGGUGUGGCAGGGAAUGGCCUGAUGAUAACAGUCCUGGUGACACGAUGGCGCCAGCUCCGCAUCACAGAGAUCUAUCUACUGCAUCUUGCCCUGGCUGAUCUCAUGCUUUUGUUUACAAUUCCCUUCGAUGUGGCCGACAGCGCCACCGGCUGGAUUUUUGGAAAUUUUAUGUGCAAACUGAAUGAGUUCUUGAAGAAUCUGAACCUCCUUUGUGGCAGCGUCCUUUUAGCUUGCAUUGGAUUUGAUCGGUAUUUGGCAAUUGUUCAUGCAAUUCCCAGUAUGCAAAGUCGCCUUCCAAGAACAGUGCACCUAACUUGUAUGAUAAUGUGGCUCAUCUGUUUGUGUUUGGCAUUACCGAAUGCCGUAUUUGCCUCAGUGACACAGAAAAAUUCGACAGACGGACCUUUCCUGGUCUGUUACCACUACAGUUAUAGUACACACGCAAGCAACUGGGUUUUGGCCAACGGUGUCUUUCAUCAUUUGUGUUUUUUCUUAUCUCUGGUUAUCAUGAGCUACUGCUACACAGCACUAGUAAUUACUCUGUGCAACAGCCAGAAAAGUGAAGCAAAAAAAGGAGCCAUUCGAAUAUCUUUGCUCGUCACACUUGUGUUUUGCUUCUGUUGGCUGCCAUAUAACGUCAGCUUGAUCAUAUAUACACUGCGACAACAGAGUGUGAUCGUGGACGACGACUGUCAAUCAAGAGAAAUAAUGCUGCAAGUGCUUGAAGUGACAAAGAGCCUGGGUAUCUCACACUGUUGCCUGAACCCUUUCUUGUAUGCAUUUGUUGGAGUGCGAUUUCGCAAUGAAAUGAUACAUCUGCUUUGUAAACUGGGCUGCAGACGUAUCUGCCUGCCUUUCCUCAGAGUCCAUGGCCACAGUCGGGUAUCAAUUUCUGAUGGAGCAACCACCAACAGCACAGUGCUCAUGUAAUAAAGUCCUCUAGUCCAUGUGUACAUGCCCUGAAAAUGCCCCUCUGUACAGUCAUCUUAUAAUACAAUACUCAUUGCUACUUUUAGUGUAUUUUGUUUUGUUUUUUUAUUUUCCACUCAAAAAAAAGUUGUAAAGCUGGCCAAAAAAUAGCCUUGUGUUGUUUUGUAGCUACUGCUAAUCCAAUAAAGAUUUUAUUUUAUAUAUUAUACAACACCCGUGUUCCCUUGUGUGUGUUAUCAAAUUACAAGAAUUGACAACACAAGAACCAGAACAAAACCAUGUUAGAGAUCCUUAUUAUUCUUUUUUAAACUCCUAUUAAAACACAGUUAUACAGAACAACUGCAAACAAUCACAAAUUGCAUCUUAUAUACAGCAAGUAUAUAUAUUAUAUAUAUAUAUAUAUAUAAUUCCUUUGCACAACAGUUUGGUAGUUGGAGAAAAUAAAUCAAUGAUAUUAAAACAAAUAGAAAUUUGAGGCACUCCUCUCCUGACUGCUGCGCUGUUCCCACAACAAAUACACACAUUUCUGAAAUAUACACAUUUUACAGUUUUUAUAAAAUGGCUUCAAACUUGUUAUUGAACAGUGUUACAGUGAUUUCAUUUUUAAUCAGUUGUAAUCCUUUUUCUCUCUCUUUUUUUUUUUUUUUUUUUUUAAUUCCUCCUUUU